GUACAAAUACCGUCCUCAACCCAGGGGACGAGUACUAACAGUAGCUUCUGUUAGCAAUACUCCUGGACAUCAGGCCUAUCCGCGACUGGAUCCUAGCGGUAGCACUCGGGGUGUUUUGUUAUACACACCAACACCCGCUUGAGACAAUACAGGUCGGACUCGCGUCAUCCCCCUGCAUCUAGUGUAUCGCCGACUUCGAGUACACCACAUUGCAGGACAGUAGGCAGCCUGAUAAGAACGAGUAAGAUCCCGCAUACACUAUUGUUUCGGGCUAUAGCAACCAUGAUGGCUUCCUGGUAUCGCACGCUCUGGCUUGGGGGCCUACUCUUUCUCCCAGCUUGGGCUACUUUGGAGGAGGUCUUCCAGGUGUAUCAGCCGGUUCCCACCGAAGGCUCUGGUAGCUCUGCGUGUAAUGAGGAAGUGCUGUUAAUGGACUAUGUGUUCGGGGAGAGCUAUGGCGAACCAUACAUAGGAUUCUACGAGCCCCCUCUGUGCGACUUCGAUACGGUUCGAAUCAAUUUCACCGUUUCCUCUAGAGGAACGCAGUAUGAUAGGCUGGGACUGAUGUAUCUUGGAGACACCGAAGUGUUUCGGACAUCAACCGCGGAGCCAACGAGCAAUGGAAUUAUCUGGACUUAUGUCAAAGACAUGUCCCAGUUCAACGUACUGUGGAAAGAAAAACAAAAGCUGAUAUUUGACCUUGGAAACAUUGUCACUGAUGUCUAUACCGGGUCCUACAAUACCACCCUGACAGCGUAUUUCUCUUAUGAGGGCAAUGUCAAGACUCCAGAUGCUAUUCUUCCCAUAUCUGCACGAAAGUCGGCACAGAAUGCAUCGAGUGACUUUGAGCUGCCAACGGACAAUGCCACAGUGCAAUACCAAUUCCCCCCGACAACAUCCCGUGCCGUUGUGUCUAUUUCUGCUUGUGGUCAAUCGACAGAAGAGUUCUGGUGGUCUAAUGUAUUCACCUCCGACGAAUGGUCAUUCGACAGCGUUGACGGUGAACUUUACGGGUACUCUCCUUUCCGAGAGAUCCAGCUCUACAUUGAUGGAAUUCUUGCUGGUGUAGUCUGGCCAUUCCCCAUCAUUUUCACCGGUGGUGUCGCACCAGGAUUCUGGCAUCCCAUUGUUGGAAUCGACGCCUUUGAUCUCCGACAGCCCGAGAUUGACAUCUCCCCCUUCCUGCCUUUGCUCACUGAUAAUCGCACUCAUACGUUCGAAAUCAAGAUCACCGGUCUGGAUGUAUCAGAUGAUGGGGAAGUCACCUUUUCUGACACCGUUGGCUCUUACUGGGUGGUAACCGGGACCAUCUUCCUGUAUCUGGAUGAAUCGGCAUCAUAUUCAAGUGCAGGCGGUCAGGCGCCGGAGGUAAUUGCGCCCGCGCCGACGUUCACAGCCACGCGAGAGCUUGUCCAAGAUUCCACCGGUGUGAACGAAACGCUGACAUACUCUAUCCUGGCCGAGAGAACCCUCACAGUGAAGUCAUCGGAAUUCGUGUGGAGCCAAAACCUGUCAUAUUCCAAUUACGGGCUGAUUAACCAGGAAGGACUGAGCCAAAGCAAUCUUCAACAUACCUUUGGGAAAUUCUCGAUCGCACAGCUUACCGGGAAUAAGACUUCCAGUGAGGUCAUUUUUGAAUAUCCUCUAUUCAUGAAUGAAACGUAUGGCCUGCUGGCCGAUGAUGGGCUUACAAUCAGCGCCUGGAUGCACAGAGGAUUGGAUAUCGAAUCCACCGGCGGGCUUGGUGUCUCGACUUUUACACUCACUUCUGGCCCACUAGACCUGCACACCGAGCAAAAGGGCACGGCAUUCUAUGAGUCUACAACUAACGUUUCGAUCUCGACUGGUGACACGACUGACUUCUUUGAAAGUAAUGCUGCUGGGGUGACAUACCACCGGGACGUCCAUGCAGUGAAUGGCUCGGUUGUGUACGAUACAGUUAGCUAAACGGUUGAAAAGCUCUUCGACCAGGGUUCUGCAGACGCUUUAUCGGAGUAGCAUUAUCAAUCAAUAUUGAUCUGAAUUGUCACUUGCCGGUAACCCUCCAGGAUGAGCUCUAAUAACACAUAAACACCCCCGUAUCCCUCCGCGGAACAUAGACAUGUCUCACGGUUGUCUCCAGAAUCCAGUGCUCCGCCAAAAUUGCGAGGUGUGAAGGUUAGUACUGAGUACCUUACAUAGUACUAUUAAUAUACUACUAAUAGUGGGUGUUUAUGACGUGC